AUGAAGGCGACUUUUGGGUAUGGAUAUGUUAGUCAUAAGGACCAACUCCAUGAUAACCCAAAUGUUGCUCUUUUCUUUUUGGAGGAGAACAUCCACAAAAGCACAAAGAUGAACUUGCACUUCAUCAAAACAAGAAGAAAAUCUGCCUUCUUGCCUCAUCUGGUCGCAAAAUCGAUCCCUUUUGCAUCCGAAAAAAUGCCUGAAAUUCAGAACAAAUUCUCAGUCUCACCUAAUUCAGUGGAAGCUGAAGCAAUGAAGAAAAAACCAUACAACAGUGUGAGAAGCCUAGCAUCAAAGGGGAGGAACAAUAUUUUGGCAUUGGUGGCUAGCCAUGCAGCUCUACCUCCUGAUCUUGAGGAUUGUUGGAAGUCUGUGCUGCAAACACUCCCAUGCCCAAAGCAAUCAAGGAUAUUCUACACACUGGUUGAAGGGUUGACAGACAAAAGCACUUCGGUUGUGGUGGGGAAGGAUGUUGUAGACUUAGAGACGGGUAUGAAGGGGGCUUUUGGUUAUGGAUAUGUUAUUCAAAAGGACCAACUCCAUGAUAACCAAAAUGUUGCUCUUUUCUUUUUGGAGAAGAACAUUCACAAAGGCACAAAGAUGAACUUGCAGUUCAUCAAAACGAGAAGAAAAUCUGCCUUCUUGCCUCUGGAAGCUGAAACAAUGACGAAAACCAUAAAGGAGUGUGAGGAGCCUGGCAUCAAAUGGGAGGAACAAUAUUCUGCCACUUCUUUAGAGGCAAUGGUAGAUUUCAGUACUUCCAAGCUAGGGAAAAGAGUUCAAGCUAUGUCCACAGAGGUGGAAAAAGAUACUCAACUGUAG